CUUGCUCAUGCUCCCUUUGUGCCAUCAUACAUGCCCUAGAGGUUGACUUCAAAUGUCCACCCUGGGGUGUGGUUCGCAAAAAUGGCGCAAGCAGGUCCUAUUACGGACGUAACUCAUCGGCUCUUUGCCGAGUUGAAGUCGAAGAAUGAGGAGACACGGGUGCGAGCUGCUUACGAGCUUUACGACAACGUUCUCGCUAUCUCUCGAGAUUGGUCCCCCGAGAAGUUUUUGGAGUUCUUUAACGCGGUCAGCCAGCGCAUAGCACAACUGGUAGUUACCGGAAAUGACGCACACGAGAAGAUCGGUGGCCUGUUGGCUCUCGAUCGUCUGAUAGACUUUGAAGGUGUGGACGCCGCGCAGAAGACCACUCGAUUCGCCAGUUACUUGCGCAAUGCUCUUCGCAGCAACGACAAUGCAGUAUUGGUUUAUGCGGCUGCGGCUCUUGGCCGUUUGGCUAAACCGGGCGGGGCUCUGACUGCGGAGCUGGUGGAGAGUGAAAUACAAUCUGCUUUAGAGGCCCUUCAGUCGGAAAGACAAGAAAGCCGACGAUUCGCUGCCGUGCUCGUCAUCCGGGAGCUCGCGAAAGGCUCACCCACGCUUCUUUACGGCUUCGUUCCCCAGAUCUUCGAGCUGAUUUGGGUCGCUUUGAGAGAUCCCAAGGUUCUUAUACGGGAAGCUGCGGCUAAUGCUGUCAGCGAAUGCUUUGAUAUAAUCGCUGCUAGAGAUUUGCAGGUGCGGCAGCUAUGGUUUUCAAGGGUAUACGAGGAAGCGCUUUUAGGUCUCAAAUCAAGCAAUGUGGAUUGGAUACAUGGCUCGCUCCUGGUUCUGAAGGAGCUUCUCCUAAAGGGUGCCAUGUUCAUGAAUGAGCACUAUCGAAAUGCUUGUGAGAUCGUCCUCCGUCUCAAGGAUCAUCGUGAUCCGAAGAUCCGCACUCAGGUUGUUCAGACAAUUCCGAUUCUCGCCUCCUACGCCCCCCUUGACUUCACAGAGACCUACCUUCACAGAUUCAUGAUAUACCUACAGGCCCAGCUCAAACGGGAUAAAGAACGAAACGCUGCGUUCAUCGCUAUAGGAAAGAUUGCAAAUGCCGUUGGGGUCGCCAUCGCACAAUAUCUCGAUGGCAUCAUCGUCUAUAUCAGGGAAGGUCUUGCAAUGAAAGCGAGAAAUCGAGCGGCCGUCCAAGAAGCGCCAAUGUUUGAGUGUAUCAGCAUGCUGUCUUUGGCUGUAGGCCAGGCGCUCAGCAAGUACAUGGAAGCAUUACUCGAUCCCAUCUUCGCCUGCGGGCUUAGCGAGUCCCUAACACAAGCGCUGGUCGACAUGGCUCACUACAUCCCGCCAAUAAAGCCCAUAAUUCAAGAGAAACUAUUGGAUAUGCUAAGCUUGAUUCUCUAUGGCACCCCUUUCAGGCCCUUGAGAUGCCCAGAGAGCAGGUUACCUCCAAUGCCCUCAUUUGCAAGAGACUUCGCCCCUCAAGAACUACACUCUGACACGGAAAUCGCCCUUGCAUUACACACGCUAGGCAGUUUUGACUUCUCUGGUCAUAUUCUCAACGAAUUCGUACGUGACGUGGCGAUCAACUAUGUUGAGAAUGACAACCCUGAGAUCCGGAAAGCUUCGGCACUCACCUGCUGUCAGCUGUUUGUUCAUGACCCCAUCAUAAACCAGACAAGCAGUCAUUCGAUCCAAGUCGUGAGCGAGGUAAUUGACAAGCUUUUGACUGUUGGUGUUGGAGAUCCUGACCCUGACAUUCGACGUACUGUCCUGUGGUCCCUGGAUAGGAAAUUUGAUCGGCACCUCGCUAGACCGGAGAACAUCCGCUGUCUAUUCUUGGCCGUCAAUGAUGAAGUGUUCCCCGUCAGGGAGGCUGCAAUCUGUAUCAUAGGUCGUCUUUCCAGUGUCAAUCCUGCCUACGUCUUUCCACCGCUGCGGAAGCUGCUUGUCAACCUUUUGACGAGUCUCGGUUUCGCCAGCACUGCACGCCAAAAGGAAGAGAGUGCUCAGUUGAUCAGCCUGUUUGUUUCGAAUGCGACGAAACUGAUCCGGUCCUAUGUUGAUCCUAUGGUGACUACACUGCUACCUAAGGCAACUGAUGCCAAUCCUGGUGUUGCUUCCACUACAUUGAGGGCCGUUGGUGAACUUGCAAACGUGGGUGGCAGUGAAAUGAAAACGUACUUGCCGCAGCUUAUGCCGAUUAUCCUGGAUGCGCUACAGGAUCUCUCUUCUCAUUCCAAGCGCGAGGCGGCCUUGAAGACACUGGGCCAGCUGGCCAGCAACUCCGGCUACGUUAUUGACCCGUACCUCGAAUAUUCUCAUCUACUCGCAGUCCUCAUUAACAUCAUCAAAACCGAGCAGACCGGGUCUCUGCGUAAGGAGACAAUCAAGUUGCUGGGUAUUCUUGGAGCCUUGGACCCCUACAAAUACCAGCAGAUCAGCGAGACUGCGCCAGUAGUUCAUCACAUCAAUGAAGUGCAGACCGUAUCAGAUGUCGCUCUUAUCAUGCAAGGUCUCACGCCUUCCAGCGAGGAGUACUACCCUACGGUUGUCAUUAACACGCUUAUGCAAAAUAUCUUGCGUGAAUCGUCACUCGCGCAGUAUCACUCCGCAGUCAUUGAUGCCAUUGUGACGAUCUUCAAGACCCUUGGUCUGAAAUGCGUACCGUUCCUUGGACAGAUAAUACCAGGUUUUAUAUCGGUCAUCAGAGGAUCACCCCCAGGCCGCCUCGAAUCGUACUUCAAUCAGAUGGCGAUUCUGGUCAAUAUCGUGCGGCAACACAUACGAGCCUUUUUGCCGGAGAUUAUUGAAGUCGUCCGCGAAUUCUGGGAAGCAUCUUACCAAGUUCAGGCUACAAUACUCUCACUCGUGGAAGCGAUCGCCAAGUCCUUGGAAGGUGAAUUCAAGAAAUACCUUGCAGGCCUAAUCCCUCCGAUGCUUGACACGCUUGAGAAGGACACCACGAUGCGUCGUCAACCUUCGGAGAAGAUCCUCCACACAUUCUUGAUAUUCGGUACGAGCGGAGAGGAAUAUAUGCACCUGAUUGUGCCCUCUAUCGUGCGUCUCUUUGACAGGACCCAAAACCCUCAGAGUAUUCGAAAGUCUGCGAUCGAGACCCUCACCAAACUUUCACGGCAGGUGAACGUCUCGGACUUCGCAUCAUUGAUGGUACAUUCUCUGUCUCGGGUUGUCGCAGGAACCGACCGCGUGCUGCGACAAGCUGCUAUGGACUGUAUCUGUGCGCUCAUAUUCCAGCUGGGCCAGGACUUCAAUCACUACAUCCAUCUGCUGAAUAAGGUCCUAAAGUAUAACCAGAUCAAUCAUGUCAACUACCAAAUCUUGGUGACGAAGCUACAAAAGGGCGAUCCGCUCCCACAAGACCUCAAUCCUGAUGAAAAUUACGCGGCACUGGCGGAUGACGCCAAUUAUGCCGAGAUUGGACAGAAGAAGAUGGUUGUCAAUCAACAGCACUUGAAGAAUGCCUGGGACGCCUCGCAAAAGUCUACUCGUGAAGACUGGCAAGAGUGGAUUCGACGAUUUAGCGUUGAAUUACUGAAAGAGUCACCUUCUCCCGCUCUUCGAGCAUGCGCAAGCUUGGCUGGUAUUUAUCAGCCCCUAGCGAGGGAUCUCUUCAACGCGGCCUUUGUUUCCUGCUGGACCGAGUUGUAUGACCAAUAUCAAGAAGAGCUGGUCCGGUCGAUCGAGAAGGCCCUCACCUCACCUAAUAUUCCUCCCGAAAUCCUGCAGGUUCUACUUAACCUAGCGGAGUUCAUGGAGCAUGACGACAAGGCCCUUCCCAUCGAUAUUCGCACUCUAGGCAAGUACGCUGCUAAAUGCCACGCGUUCGCGAAGGCCCUGCAUUACAAGGAACUUGAGUUUGAGCAAGACCAAAACUCGGGGGCAGUGGAGGCUUUGAUCACUAUUAAUAAUCAGCUUCAGCAAUCGGAUGCUGCUAUUGGUAUCUUGCGAAAAGCGCAGGCUUACCGGGAUGUGGAACUCAAAGAGACAUGGUUUGAGAAACUUCAACGUUGGGAGGAGGCUCUUGCUGCGUACAAACGACGUGAGAAGAUAGACCCAGAUUCCUUUGGGGUCACGAUGGGCAAGAUGCGCUGUCUUCACGCUCUCGGUGAGUGGAAGGUGCUCUCCGACCUCGCUCAGGAGAAGUGGAACCAGGCAUCCCUCGAACAUCGCAGAGCCAUUGCACCUCUAGCUGCAGCGGCUGCCUGGGGUCGGGGCCAGUGGGAAUUAAUGGAUUCCUAUCUUGGCGUAAUGAAGGAGCAGUCGCCAGAUCGGUCCUUUUUCGGUGCCAUCCUUGCUAUUCAUCGGAAUCAGUUUGACGAAGCAACGAUGUAUAUUGAAAAGGCUCGCAAUGGAUUGGAUACCGAGCUUUCAGCACUCCUGGGAGAGUCAUACAACCGUGCCUACAAUGUUGUUGUGCGUGUUCAAAUGCUUGCUGAGCUUGAGGAGAUCAUUACGUACAAACAGAACAUUGGCGAUCCUGAGAAACAGGAUUCGAUGCGUCAGACAUGGAACAAGCGACUACUCGGCUGCCAACAAAAUGUAGAGGUAUGGCAGCGCAUGCUCAAGGUUAGGGCGCUUGUCACCUCUCCUCGCGAGAACCUCGACAUGUGGAUCAAAUUCGCUAAUCUCUGUCGCAAAUCCAACCGCAUGGGACUCGCGGAGCGGUCGCUCGCCUCACUGGAGACCGUGGUUUCUGACAGCAACGGCACGAGGGCAAUCGCUCCCCCAGAAGUUACUUAUGCCCGCUUGAAGUUCAACUGGGCCACUGGACGUCAACGCGAAGCCCUUCAAAUGUUGAAGGAGUUCACUUCAGGUCUGACAGAGGACCUUACCCGCUUCAAUGCUCUCAUGUUAUCGCAGGCGGAUCAUAAUGGAAUAAACGGAGUCAAUGGCGUGAACGGAGUCAACGGUAUCGCGGAUGCCAACCAUGCGGAUGCCAUGGGGCUGCGAGAACGCAUUGGCGAUGUUGCUAAGUUCAGAAGGCUACUAGCAAAGAGCUAUCUCCGCCAGGGAGAAUGGCAGACAACGUUGCAACGAGGUGAUUGGAGACCAGAGCACGUUCGUGAAGUUCUCAAUGCGUACGCCGCUGCGACCAAAUACAACCGUGAUUCAUACAAAGCUUGGCAUUCGUGGGCUUUGGCCAACUUCGAAGUUGUUACGACGAUUGCUAGCCAAGCCAGCAGGGAUGGCACGACAAUGGCCAUGGUCCCCGGACACAUUGUGACGGAGCAUGUAAUACCUGCACUUCGCGGCUUCCUCAGGUCUAUUUCAUUGUCGUCGACCUCAUCUUUGCAGGAUACAUUGCGAUUGCUGACACUCUGGUUCACUCACGGUGGUGAUCAAGAAGUGAACAGUGUUGUAGCAGAGGGCUUUACGGCAGUGAACAUUGAUACCUGGCUUGCUGUCACUCCACAGCUCAUAGCUCGGAUCAAUCAACCUAAUAUCCGAGUGCGGAGUGCUGUUCAUCGCCUGCUGGCUGAAGUUGGCAAAGUGCAUCCUCAGGCUUUGGUGUACCCAUUGACCGUUGCAAUGAAGUCUAAUGUCGCUCGGCGAUCACAAUCCGCUAGCAACAUUAUGGACAGCAUGCGGCAGCACAGUGCGAAGCUCGUGGAACAAGCUGAUGUUGUGAGUCAUGAGCUGAUUCGAGUCGCGGUCCUGUGGCACGAGCUUUGGCAUGAAGGUCUAGAAGAAGCCUCUCGACUCUACUUUGGCGAUCACAAUGUGGAAGGCAUGUUUGCAACUCUAGCGCCCCUGCAUGAGAUGCUCGAUAAGGGUGCCGAGACGUUGCGCGAGGUGUCAUUUGCUCAGGCCUUUGGUCGCGAUCUUGCAGAGGCUAAGCACUACUGUAUGCUCUACCGGGAGACUGAAGAAAUUGGUGAUUUGAACCAAGCAUGGGAUCUUUACUACACAGUAUUCCGCAAGAUCAGCCGGCAGCUGCCACAGCUCUCCACGCUCGAUUUGAAAUACGUCUCACCCAAGCUCAAGGAUUGUAAUGACCUUGACCUUGCUGUUCCUGGUACAUACCAAAGUGGCAGGCCCAUCAUUCGCAUCCUCAGCUUCGAUCCCAUAUUACACGUACUACAGACCAAGAAGAGACCACGCAGGAUGACAUUGAAGGGCAGUGACGGAAAUUCGUACAUGUAUUGUGUCAAGGGACACGAAGACAUCCGGCAAGAUGAACGUGUCAUGCAACUCUUCGGCCUGGUCAACACACUCCUUGAUAACGAUGGAGAGAGUUUCAAACGGCAUCUGUCUGUGCAACGGUUCCCUGCAAUCCCGCUAUCACAGAGCUCUGGUAUCCUUGGAUGGGUUUCCAAUAGUGACACAUUGCAUGCCUUGAUCAAGGAAUACCGAGAAAGUCGACGUAUCCUGCUGAACAUUGAACACCGCAUUAUGCUGCAGAUGGCUCCCGAUUAUGAUAAUCUUACACUCAUGCAGAAGGUGGAGGUGUUCGGCUAUGCCAUGGACAAUACCACUGGUAAGGACCUCUAUCGCGUUCUAUGGCUCAAGAGUAGUAGCUCGGAGGCCUGGCUGGAGCGCCGCACGAACUACACGCGUUCCCUUGGUGUCAUGUCCAUGGUUGGUUACAUCCUUGGCCUUGGCGAUCGUCACCCAUCCAAUCUGCUUCUGGAUCGGGUUACCGGCAAAGUGGUCCAUAUCGACUUCGGUGACUGCUUCGAGGUGGCGAUGCACCGCGAGAAGUAUCCUGAGAGGGUACCUUUCCGGUUGACUCGUAUGUUGACGUUUGCCAUGGAAGUCAGCAACAUCGAAGGAAGUUACCGCAUCACUUGUGAGGCUGUCAUGCGUGUCUUGAGAGAGAACAAGGAUUCUCUGAUGGCUGUUUUGGAAGCGGUAAGCACAUAUCGUAUCCCAUGGUUGAACUCAUGCUAAUGUCUCAUGAUUUAGUUUAUUCACGAUCCAUUGAUCAACUGGCGUUUGGGCAUCC